AUGUGUUUCCUCUAAUCACAGCCAUCAGUGUUGCUGUAUUUUUGGUGGAAAAAGUUGGUCGUUUGUUGAACCUGGAGUAUGGCAAAGACACAACUGCUGGUUUGAUCUGUAAAAUGAUGGUCGAAAAUCUCGCCAUGUCCUCACAGGCCAAAGACGUGUUUUGUAUUUGGCUGGUCUCGCCUUUAUUACGUAAGUCAGGCUUUACAAUAUUGUUAAAUAUGGUAAACCCAACUCGAUGUUUCGAAUAGUUUGAUAAACUGAGUAAAAACAUAGACAGAUUUUCAGAUUUGCUCUUGGGGUGCUAAGAAUUCGGGGGAGGGGGUGAGCGCGCCGCCAAACAGGCUGCAGUAGGAGUCUGGGGGCACAUUCCCAGUGGGGAUAGGAUUAGGGUAAGGCCAGGAAACAUUUUCAGAUUUUUGGUCUUGUUUAGUUUAAAAUCCUUAUUCCAAUUAUACUACUGUCAGUUUAAGCCAUUGAGCAUUCAAAAAUCUGGGGGGGGCGAUGAAAAUUUUUGUAAUGGGGUUGGAAAACAUUCUGAGGGGGUGCAUCACACUGCACACACGCACACCACAGAAAAUCAGUCUAUAUGAGUAAUAUCCAUAUUCCUAGUGUUGCAUUUUAUUCCAAAUAACUUGUAAACACAACAACCAUGCACAUCUUUUAGAAUUGCAAUUAAAGGAUCAUCACCAACCACUACGAAUGCGCAUGAAAUGGCCAGAUCUUUUAAGGAGGUUCACGGCUGCUUCGACAGAAAUGAUAGAAAAAGGUGAGGCAUAUCACGUGCAUGUUUUCACUGGAAUUGUUUUCAAAAUCCUUACUAUGGAAAUAGUAUGGAACUCAGUUGAAAAUAGUAGGGAAAUCAAAUUUUCAUACUUAUUGCAAUUUCCAUACUGUGGAUAUAGUAUGGAAAAAGUAUGGAUAUACUAUGAAUCUUGUGAUGCAAUCGCAAAUUUCAUAAUAUGAAUUUCACUAUCAGUUUUUUCCAGUGUAAAUUAUUGACCAAGAAAGAUUGGAUAUUUGGGAUUAUACAUUAUAGCAAGCCAAUAUAUACUACAUAUUUAAUUCCCUAUUACGCCCAGAAUGUUGAAUUAAGUAUUCGUAAUAUUUAUCUUACUGCUGAAGGAACUCAAUAAUCUGGGUCAACACACUUAACAAUUGUCAAAUUUCAUCGUACAUUAUCCAAACACGAGGAAUGCCGAAAUAGUAUGGAUCUUACUUGAAAAUAGCACGGAAAUCCAAUGUUCAUACUAAUUGCAAUUUCCAUACUCUGGAUAUAGUAUGGAAAAAGUAUGGAUAUACUAUGGAUUUGAUGAUGUAAUCACAAAUUCUAUAGCAUGAAUCUCACUAUGUUUGUUCCGUGCAGUGGUCCGUUGUGGCUUUUGAACAUUUCUUCUCUGGUACUAUUUUAAGUAAAAUUGUAUUUUUUUUAUGUUGUAGAUGACCCAAUUUUAAGUUUUCAACGUAACAGUUUUUUCCCGUUACAGGAUGAGAGAAAGGUAUAAUUAAAAAUUCACAAACUUUUUUCUGUCAUGAACCAAAGUUCCAUGCAUGUUCGAUUGUCGAACAGCGUAUUCCCCACUUGUAGAAGUAGGGUAGACGUUUGGAGACAAUUGUUUACUGUAUACUUUUGUUUAUUUAGAUUACAGACGAAAAAAUAAUCAAACGUCUCUUUGAAGAGGUCAGGUUUGUUCUAUGUUUUAAGGUUUUAGAUUUUCUUACAUCUCCGUUGCUCCAUCCACAGAUAAUUAUAUACCAAAAUGCGGUAAUACAGGUUGUGCUCAUGAGCAUACUGGAUUUGGGUACGUAAUACUACAUAUAUGGGCGUGCUUAUGAGGAUACCUUAUUUGAUGUCUCAUGAGCACGCUCAUUUAUAUGCCAAAAUAUUUUAAUACUGGUUGUGCUCAUGAGCAUACUGAAUUUUGGUACAUAUAUGGGCGUGCUUAUGAGCAUACCUUAUUGUGGUAUCUCAUAAGCACGCUCAAAUAUAUAGCAAAAUACGAUAUAAAUACUGGUUGUGCUCAUGAGCAUACUGGAUUUUGGUACAUAUAUGAUAUAUGGGCGUGCUUAUGAGCAUACCUUAUUUUGGUAUCUCAUGAGCACGCUCAUUUAUAUACCAAAAUACGGUAAUACUGGUUGUGCUCAUGAGCAUACUGGAUUUUGGUACAUAUAUGGGCGUGCUUAUGAGGAUACCUUAUUUUGGUAUCUCAUGAGCACGCUCAUUUGACAGACUGAUCAAAUUAAUAACGUUUCAGGCUAAACGUAAUGUUCUUAAUGGAUUUUACCCGCUCACGAGAAAACAAGGGGAAGCGUUUGGAGCAGUCUUGGCGUUGACCGAAUAUGGAAAAUACAGUCCACAAGUACACAGAGUUGGUUAUUUUAGGUAAUGGUCAAAUUUAAAUUGAUGCACAAAACUUUUGUUUUGGUAAUCAUUUACUUAUAAUCAGUCAAGAGUGUUGCCUCAUACAAAAUGCAAGGUCUAAAUGAUUUUGCUUUCAUUUACAGAAACAAACUUUCAGAAUUGGUGCCAUACUUGUUGUACAAGCCUGGCUGGCAUACUAUCUUAGGUCGAUCAACGAAGGCAACUUUAGAACAAAACCUUAUAGCACAAUAUAAGGAACUUUCUGAAACUUUAAAUAUGAACUGUGAAAGUUCUUGUAGCAACGGCAAACUCUUCCUCGAAAGAUGCUGGGAUCUACCUUACUAUGGGUAGGUAAAGAUACUCACUUAACAUUUGCUUCCUAGGGAAACGCCGGGUUUUUAGUGGUCUCAAUGUUUCCCGAGACGAAGUCGGGCUAUUCUCUUGCCCGGCGGAAAAAUGAACUUUAUUUUUUGUGUAUAGGAGUGUAUUUUUCAACGGUCAAAUUGAGAAACAAGUAUCAGGUCUGACAUCAUUACUUAAUCAUCCCGAUGUUCCCGUCCGUGUGGCGAUCAAUCGUGAUGCUGUUCAUGUUAUCGAGCCAAAGAAAAACGUAAGUUUUAAUGUGACUGUUUGAUGUAAGGCGAACCAUCUCGCACCCCCCCCCCCCCCCCCCCCCCCCCCACACGCAGCGGCGUAGGACAGCACGACGCCUACGUACUAGGCAGAUAGGGCAACACAGUUUCUCAAAUAAAUCUGGCAAUUCUCAUCAUAAGGGGUGACGAGACUCUCAGACUCGUACAAACCCUCGCUUGCCUACUCCUAUGAACUCCCAUCCUCGUUUAAUGAGGGCAUUACUUAUCGCCGUCUUGGCUUUAUCAUAGUCAGUCAAAGAAUUUAUGCACAAUCGUGAUUCAUUAUAGACGCCUUGAGGCCUGUCUACAUUUGCAAUUUUUGCUGCGGUUUCUAGUGCGAUUUUCUCCUUCUGAUGUAUGUGAACGAGUGGAUUAGUUACGAAUGUUCUGAGUAUAUGUACCCUCAUCAGAGCAUUUCUAACUUAUCCACUCGUUUUCAUCCAUCAGAAGAAAAGAAUCGCACCUAAAACUGCUGCAAAAAUUGCAAGUGUAAACGAGCCUUUAAAGGUAUUUUUAUUGUUAUUUGUUGAUUUUUGGUAAGAUUAAACAAUAACAAAAGCUUGCGAUGCCAUGGUGCGACACUAAUCCUUUCAGAGUUUCCAGACUGAGUAUGGCUAAAAGUAUAUUCUCGCUUUGAAGGUCAUAUUGCUGGGUCUCUCGUAUGAAGAAUUCUCAUGGGACUACAGCCAUACACCAGACUCUGAAAUUGAUCCAGAAUGUUUCGACACUUUCUGGUUGGAGUUUGAUUCUGAAGAAGGUGACAGUACCGCCAUUACACAGUUGCAGAUAUUUUCAAAACAGGUAAAUCAGUGUGGAUUACAACGAUUUUACAAUGUACGAUCAACUAGGCAGUUUGCCUAAUGUUAAAAACACCGAUAUGUUUUGAGCGAAGGCUUUCCUUAGAAUGUUAGCCUUGGACCUUAGACUUGGUGAAUUCAAAAGACCAUCGCUCCAAGCUAAGCAUUGGCAUGUUUAAAUCUAUUUCAAGUUGUUCAGAUACAGUUCAACCACGAUAGCUUAUUGUAGAAUACUACUUACACAUGCUCAUACAACGACCAUCGUUAUACAUUUCCCAAAAUUUGUGUCGAUGGGGUGGGGGUAGGGGCAAAUAAUUUUCGAAAUAUCUUGUAAGAUAUGAUGUUUGUGGUGUUACUCUGAGUGUAUAUCCACGCCGGGUAAGCUUGAAAAAUAUGCCUGACCACGGUGGGAAUCCAAGGUCGUAGGUUCGAUUCCCACCGUGGUCAGGCAUAUUUUUCAAGCUUGCACUCAGAGUAACAUCACAAACAUCAUAUAUUCACCUAAGUACAUGACACCAACACAGAAAAUUCAUCUUGUAAGACAGUUUACUAUGCUCAGCUCUUUCCUUUACUUUCGGCGUGUCCCUUGCAGGAGCGGAUAUGGUCCCCUGCCUCUUCUUUACCAGCUAGGCUGAAAAUACAUAAAAAUAUUAUAAUGUAUACUUCGACUUUAGGCCGUAAUGAUGGAUGCCAUGGUUCAGUCGUGUGCUUUAGGACCCAUGACUCUAUCACCUGUGCCACAAGCAUGGUAAGUUUAUAUGACAUUUCUAUCUUAUACCCAACAUACUUUAUUAAAUACACUGGGUAGCUCUAUCAUUUCUAACCUCUAAGUGAAGGCCCAGUAAGAGCCACAUCCCACAUUGGCAACCUGUUAAGGUCACGACAGCCAGCACCAAAUGAAAACCAUGGCCUUAUUUCUAACAUACAUUGUUUGCAAAAGUGACUAUAUGAACCAAAAAUUGAAUUGCUUUACAGCGGUAGUGUUGAACCAGGAUCAAUAUCGCCAGAGAAAAGUAAGUGACAAAACUGACAAUACAUGCAGGUUGCAGCGGACGUUGCCUUGUGUAACAUGUCCUUUACUAUUCACAGAAUAUUCGAACAAUUGUUGUUUGGACGGCCGAUUAAUGGUUUAGGUACAUACUUAGAAAUCUGACAACUUGUCAACAAGAUGUGUUCGCAACAGGCUUGUAGCAAGCUUGUCAACAAGUUGUAACAAUGUUGUUAUUUUAUCAAGUUGCUACAAGCUUGUCACUCACAACUUGUUAACAAACUGUUGAAUUGAAGGAUGAUAACAAGUUGUUGGAAAAGCAUUGCUUCACGUUUUUUUGCUGCCGGUUUGUAACAACUUGUGCGUGUUUACUUGUGUGUACAUGAGAUUUAAUGAAGUCAAUACAGAGGAACGAGAAUAAUGCGACCACAGAUCAUACCACUGGCUGUUUCUCGACAUGCAUCUAAACCAUCAAUCGGCCAUCUAAAGUCCUAACAUGUACACCCGUCUUUAGCAACGAUGUUUAUCAAACGUUUCAUACUUCGACACUAUAGAUCGCUACAAGAUAAGAAAUCGAAUGGAAAGGCUUAGCUUAUCAACCUAUGAUCGAGACGGUAGGUGUUGGUUUAUUGCAUUACAGUAAUACUUGAGCCUCAAAACAUAAGGCAAAUUUUGGCUAAAUUGGUGUUGUUACAGUCACAAAAGGUAUGCGUUACGGUCUUUUCAUUGUUUUGAAACUUCCUUUCUUCUCCAUGCAAUCCACUCACUCAUCUUCUAUUAACCUUUGGCAUUCUGCAAAAUGCCAAUAGGAAAAAGGAUGAUGAUUGUUCCCAGUUUCUACCGUCACACCUGAAGAAACGCCUGUUCGCAGGUUACAACAAAUCCAUCUAAAGUAUUCUAUUUUGUUGCUAGGUUACGAACUACAUCGUGGACGGCGGAAUAACUUUUCUAUCACAACAUUGUUUAAAAGACAACCUUCUGUAACAAACUGAUAUACUUGAUUCAAUGCUACCGGAAAUUUGUAUUCCCCACCUGGUCUGAAAAGCUCUGUAAAUUACUAUCACUCGCCUCCAAUAAGUUGUGUGGGGCAAGACCAUGGCUUUUCGUUUCAACGUUAUUAUUUUAUUAAGCUAUUAUUUUAUUUUUCUGAGGACUGCAAUGCAUGCAUGCAGUGGUGGUAAUAUCGUUACAUUGCCGCUGCGAUAACGGAAAGCUUCCUCGCAAUCGCUGCCGAAAUUCCGAUCCAAGGAAUUUUAAGUUUUUAAGUAUGACAUAAUUCGAUUUGCAUUAGAGUAACACGGAUUGCAGAAAUUGUAAAUAUAUGUGUAAUUGCUAACUUAUAGUAAGUCAUGUAAUUAUUGCAGGUUGGUUGUAAACAAGUAUGAAAAAUGUCAGUAUUUUUUAUACCUCUUCAACCUGAAUCCAAGGUCUCUUACAGGUAUCAUAAUAGUACCUUGGAUGCAACUAAUUUGGCAAAUUAAUUCCUAGAAUAGGCAACAGGAUAGAAUAUAAUGAUGUAAUAUAAUAUGUUAAUGUGUAAUUAUUAAAACAGUGUCCAUGAUACGCAGUGACCAAUAUAUUAGCAUAAUUAGUGUCAUGGAAUUGUAACCAUUUUAAAGCCGUAUAUGAUUUCUAUGCUAUAUACUGUGAUAGUGCAGGGUUGCGUAGCCUCCAAAUCAGGCGCCCGCGGGCUGGGUUAUCAGACAGCUGCAAAUGUUUAAACUUGUAAUUUUCACUGCGAUUUUCUUCUGAUAGAUGUGAAGGAGUGGAUGUGUUAUGAAUGUUCACUUGAGGGCACAAAUACUCAGAACAUUCAUAACUCAUCGACUCGUUCAUAUGCACAGAAAGACUAACAUUUUCAAUACACUUAUAACACAUAAUGCGGUGUGCAGGAUUAAGCAGGUUGAUGUCAUAAUCACGACCGACUUUGGCUUUUUCCAUGUUUUUUAAACAAUAAAAUCCUCAUCCCGAGCCUAUUACUCUCGUCCCUUUGUGCAUCACUCCUGCAUGUGACAUUAAAAAAUCAAUGAAAACGGAGUACAAAAAUAGAUAUAUAUUUUCCCAUUAUACACAUGUUUGAACUGAAAAGUACUCUGUCAACUUGAACCGCGCUUGAAGCGACAGGUGAUCUGACGGAAAUAUAUGGUUCGGCAGCAACCUCAUGGUGUUAAAAUCUGUUUUCCCCAUUAACUCCAAUCUUCAAAGCAACGUCCAAAAAUAGAUAUAUAUUUUCCCAUUAUACACAUGUUUGAACUGAAAAGUACUCAUGUCAACUUAAACCGCGCUUGAAGCGACAGGUGAUCUGACGGAAAUAUAUGGUUCGGCAGCAACCUCAUGGUGUUAAAAUCUGUUUUCCCCAUUAACUCCAAUCUUCCAAGCAACGUUAGUUGUCCCGUUUGUACGUACUCCCUGUGUUUUGUAUCACGCCUGUCUCUAAUGCCAGCUGUGUAAAAUAUGUAAUCCACAUUACAGCAUGCUUUUGAAUGACAUGUUGUCACUUCAGGAGUUCCGUCCCGAAACCGGUGAGUGUAGACGCUUUUGAAUUGCCAGGGGAUGGAGAUGGUCCCAUUUUUGUUGUAGUUCGUUUCUUCGGUCUGCAUUUCGGAGGAAGCUGCAGGUAAUGAUGUAUGAGAGUGCUGCUGCCCCGCUCUACUGGUAUGUCCGCUUGACUCGCUGGAUCUAUUGAGAUCUGGAUCUCUAUUAGAAAUGCCAGUACCGUUCUCCUCGGGCGCUCUGCUGUUGCGAGGCCUGGGUGAUUCCGUGUCUCUUGUCAAAUCAAUAAAUUCUGAGUUCCUUUCCGAUUUGCCAACUGUCCAAUCUGGGUUCGACUUGGCGUCUUUGAAAAAUUUACUCUCCCCAAGUCUAUUUGAUUUGCUGUCUCUGCUUGGCUCAGCCACUCUGUUGCGAGGGCUAGGUGAUUCCCGCGUCAAGUCAACAGUACUACUACCUCUGUUGCUAGGGCUAGGCGAUUCUCGCGUCAAGUCAACAGUACUACUACCUCUGUUGCUAGGGCUAGGCGAUUCCCGCGUCAAGUCAAUAGUGCUACUACCUUGUGAACAGCUUCCCAUGUGGUCUCUCCGUCUUUGGGGUUGCUCAGUGUAUCUAUUAGAACCAGUAACUCGACUACAUUCAGAGUGUCUAUUGGGCUCCGUAUUUCUGUCUGACUUGCGGUCCCUGUUAAAACCAUCCUUUUGGGAGGUGUGUUGGAUUCUGACCUCUCGUUCACCUAGCCCUUUAUUCCAUUCAUCUUGACCAGGAUUGGGUUGCUCUUUCGAAUCCCUAUGUAUCUUUAAGCCUUUCAUCUCGUUUGUUUCAACAUAUCGGUUUGUAUUGGUGGUUAGCCGGAAAUCAGAGAUGUUUGAGUCCACGUGUUUAAGAGUCUCGUUCCUAUAUGGAUCAGCUUGUAUCGAGCUCAUUGAUUUACAUCGAUCUGAAGGGUUACUGCGUUCUUCUGGCUUUCUUUGUCGUUCUGUGUCUCUCUCUGAAUCUUGUAUAUCUCUGUCCUGGAUGUGUGCACAACUGCCUUCAGACUUGGUUUCCUGCUCUUUCCGCCACUGACAGUCGGCAGUGACACCAAACUCCGACGGAAGUAACGGCGUGCGUAUCUGCCUUGAGCUUGGCCCUCUUCUGGCCUCAGAAGGCGCUAACUGUCCUGAUAUGACAGCCGGGCUUCUGGCGCUGUAGUCUAACUGUCCAUUAAUCAAGAAAUGAUACAGCGGACUAUAGGGCAGGCUGUUUAGAUCUCCACACAGUAUAACAGGGCAAUGUGUCUUGCCAUGGUCAUCUUGCGAUAGCACUGCAAGUUCGUUGAUCUCCGCGAAAAGAUAUGCAAGUUGAGCGAGUUUGAUAUCGCCUCGUUUUUUGUUGAACAGCAAAUGAGUGUUCGCCACACAGAUGAAUGGGCUCUCCGCUUGAUCAGGUGUGUUAGCUUUGAGAAGUAAAACGAUUCCGACGUUGUCUUUGUCUAAGAUCUGCACCUUGGGUGUGUAGUACCUCACUAGUUUAUGGUUGACCAAAGUGAACUUCGCAUGUCGAUAAAAUAUCGCACAUCCAUCGGGCUUUCCCCCAGUUCUUUGGACGAACAAUCCCAUAUAUCCU